UGGAAUAUUGGGAUUCUCGUUCAGUCGUUCAACGUUCGUUAAUAAUAAUUAAUGACUAAAAAAAAAUACCGACGUCGACCACCGACCGUCAAUUGCUCAUGAUCGUGUUCGUGUCUCGCGACCAGUUUUCAAAACUCCGCCGUCAGUAUAUUGUCAUCCGCCGACCCCGCGACACUUCAUGAUGUACGACCCGCCGCCGGAACGUCCGUCCGAAUCGGACUGCUGCGGUAACGGGUGCGCGGAAUGCGUGUUCGACGUGUACGACCGCGAGUGCGCGCGGUGGCGACGUCGGCGCCGGACCGGCCGGGGCGACGGUCUGCGGCGGGACUUGCUGUCGGCCACCAAGUGCACGCCGUACAGGAUCGUCUCGGCGCGGCCGCUCGGCCACGACGACGUACACGCGUACACGUUCGCGGCCACGCCGGCGGCCCGCGGCCGGCUGCCGAUCGCGUACUCGCAGCACGUGCACGUCCGGCUGGCGGACGGCCUGGACCGGCCGUACACGCCGGUGGCCGUGGCCGACGACGGUUGUUCGUUCGACGUGCUCGUCAAGGCCCAUCCCGGCGGACGGUUCACCGGCCGGCUGUUGGGCAUGUCCGUGGACGACGUCGUCGGGGUCCGCGGGCCCUACGGCGGCGUGCGGUACGACGGAUACGAUUCGGUGGUGAUGUUCGCCGGCGGUACCGGCGUGGCCGCCUUCGUGGGUCUGAUGCGCAACGCGUUGGACGACGACAAGUGCGAGACGUUGCUGAGACUGCACUACUCGUGUAAGACUCUCGACGGGGUGCUGAUGCGCAAGGAGUUGGCCGAUUGCGCGGCCUAUUGGAACUGUGCGGUCCAUCUGUACCUGACCAGGGAACACGACUGGUCACAACGUUCGAAAUCGUUUUGGUACAACGAAAACAUAACCGAAGGAAGGAUAUCGCAAGACUGUGUGGCUAAAAUAGUCGAUAAACAACAGGACUUGAAAACGUUAUGGCUCAUUUGUGGAAAUGAUGAAUUUAAUCGAUAUGUGUUCGACUCGUUAGUCGAUCACGAUAUUAAACGAGACGACAUUCGACUAUUAAAUAAUACUACAAAAGAUUUUGAAGUAUCGUGAUAUUGUAUAUAAUUGGGUAUUUCACUAUGUCACUGACUAUUUAAGGGUUUGAAAAUUAACAAUAGACUUCUCGAACAAAUUGUUAAAAUUUUGCAAAUGUUAUUUAAAAAAAGAAAAAUAAUUUUAAUAGAA